ACCGGGUUAUGGUUAUGCCAUAUCCCUCUAUAUAUGUACGCGGCAUAUCGGCCGGCAAAAGAGAGCAGCUUUUAUGGCUGUGUGAGCGAUCGCAGAUCGCUUGGCGGACUGCGACCGCUUGCCGCUCGAUCGCAGAGCGUUCGCAUUCAGUCCGCAGCGGGUACUCAAGCGAGCCGAAACGAAACAUCGCCAGAUACAUUUACAUUUUGUCUGGUUUGAAGCACUUGGUCAGCCGCCUCGUUCUCGUCUGUUUCGUUUCUUUACGCGCGCGGCAAUUUGGCAACUGCUUGAGUUAAAUUCCUAUUCCCAUUUCGAUUCCGAAACCGAAUUCGAAUUCGAAUCCGAAUCCGAUUCCGACCUAGAUCCUGUGCAGCCAUGUCGGCAGUGGCGCAGCAAUAAUAUGCCAUCCGAUCGGCGCGUUCUCGUGAACUCUGACAUGGUGCUGUUGUUGAGCAGCUCUGGGACAACCUUCGCCGCCACCGAAAAGCCAGCAAAAAGAGCCACUGGUACUGCCGAAAAGAAAGCCAGCACAGAAUGCCAAAGGUGACCAAGUUAAUGGUGCAGCUCGAAAGUGAAUGCAUUUAGCGCGAUGUGUGAAGUUUAAGCUUAACAUUGGCCCCCGCCACGAAUUCUGUGAUUCGGCAAAAAGAUUCAUCAUGAGAUCGUACAAUCGUAUCUAGUAUUAAAGUAGUUUAUCUUAACUAAUCGCAGCCAUAAGUGUGAGUCGUUUUAGUACCCACGAGCCGUUGUCUACGCGUUUUUUUUUCCGUCUUCGUCUUCAGCUUCGGCGGGUGCGGUGCCCACGGCAACGGAACGAGACAGUCGCAUUUCAAUUAACAAAAUAAGCAAAGCCAAAGAGCCACAGAGCCAACAAAAGUGUACACAUACGCACAGUGGAUUGUGGUGCGAUUUCGCGCGCAUUUUUGCACGUGCCACACGGCGAUUGGAAUCGCCAAAAGUCCGUGUAUCGACUCGGUUGUCUGUGCAUCCGAUCACCAUGUCCCAGCCGGAAGCCGGUCCGCCGGGGACUGGCGGCCAUCGACUGCUGGCCGAGCAGGUGGAGCACCCGAAGUCUCCCGCCCACUCGUAUGCCAGCACCACGCUCCGCUCCACCACUUCUGGCCACAGCAUCCGUACCAACAGCACCACCAUCUGCGAGUCCCCCGGAGCGGGGUAUCCCUUCUCCUACUCCGCCUGCUCCUCAUCCUCCUCCGACGACGACGACGAGGGGGUGGACGCCCUUGAUCGCUGUCUGCGGGGGGCGGCAAACGACCUUGGGGAUGCCGGCCUGCGGUAUUCCUUCAAAGGACCACCGCCGGAGCUCUACUCGCCCAAGAAGGACUUCAUCAGCUCGGGACCGCUGCUGGACAGACAGCUCGUGCUGAAGAAGAGGUGUGAAUGGUGGUUCUACAGUUGCAAGUGCAGCCAAAAGAUGUCCACCCACUGGCGGCAGCACGCCUGUGUUUAUGCCUGCAGCAUCGCCUUCCUGCUGGCCAUGUUGGUCAUCUUCUACGGCGUGCCGAGUGCCCACAAAGCGACGCGUCUGGAGCUGCCGCAGAGCAGCCACAGCGAAAACCACACCCACACCCACAACCACUCGCUGCCCCACCCCACUGUCAUCAGCAUGCCUGCCCCACCAGUCACGCUGCAUCCCAGGAACUUUGAUAACGACACCCAGACGGAGCCGGACGAGCCGGACGGAUUCGAGGACCUGGGCGAGGAGGAUCACAGCACCUUCGUAACGCCCACCAAGGUCUACAACUACAGCCUCAGCGAAGGCGACCUGCUCUACGAGUCGAAGCGGAACAGCGACCUCAACAGUUUUCUAAAAGACUCUUCUACGGCCUUCAGCAUGACGGGAACGUAUCGCAACAGGACGAAUGAGAUCUGGGACCCGCACCCGGAGUACAACCUCAAUGUGUUCGGUCGCCAGCUGCACUUGGUGCUGCGGCAGGACGCCUCGUUCGUCCAGAACCACACGCUGCAGCUGGACCAGGAUGGGGAGCAGGACCAGGAGGCGGACUCAGAGCCGGAGCAGCACCACCUGGGCUGCCACUACACCGGCCACGUCGACGGCGAUCCGCAGUCGGUGGUGGCCGUUUCGCUUUGCAGCGGCAUGACUGGUUAUAUCAAAACGAGUUUCGGCGCGCUCCUUAUCGAGCCGUACAACCGGACCAGCAACGACGAGGUUCUGCACCGGGUGUGGCGGAAGUCGCAGCGCAAUGCCAGACAGGCUGUCUCCAGCUUGGAGCUGGGCCUGGACGCCCUGGUGAGCCAGGUGGAGCGGGAGCUGCGCAAGCCCGAGGCGCCCAAGCUCACGCGGCGGAAGAGGCACUACACCGAGGUGGACAACCAGCUGUACACCGUGGAGGUGCUCAUUGCCGUGGACUCCAGCAUGGUGCGAUUCCACGGCGACGACCUGAAGCCCUACAUCCUCAUCCUGCUGUCGAUCGUGUCCAGCAUCUUCGGCGACGCCAGCAUCGGCAACUCGAUCCGGAUCUCGCUGGUGAAACUGAUUGUGCUGCCACAGACCAACGAUCAGCACAAGUCCAGCAACGACAUGCUGCGGCGCUUCUGCACCUACAUCAACCAGUACGGGUAUCAAAGGGACACCGCCAUGCUGAUCACACGCGAACCGAUCUGCGGCAGUGUGCCGGGCAAGAUCUGCCACAUGCUGGGCCUGGCCGAAUUGGGCACCGUCUGCAGCGAGAGGUCCUGCUCCAUUGUCCAGGACACAGGGCUGCCCACCGCCUUCACCAUGGCCCACGAGCUGGGACACAUCCUAAGCAUGAACCACGACGAUGACGACAAGUGCGUGCCCUAUGUCACGCGGCACAACAACAACAAGCAGCUGCACAUCAUGUCCAGCGUGAUGGGCAUCCACAUGCACCCGUGGUCAUGGUCGAAGUGCUCCCGCCACUUUGUGUCCGAGUUUCUCGAGAAAACCGAAAAGUCCUGCCUGGAGACCUCCGUGGGCGAGCACAUACCCUAUGGAACCAAGAGGCUGCCCGGGGAGAUCUACUCGCUGGACAACCAGUGCCAGCUGAGCUUUGGCAACGACUUCGGCUAUUGCCCCACGGACGAGGAGUGCCGGCGCCUGUGGUGCAAGCGGGCAUCGGGCGGCCCCAACGAACAGUGCCGCUCCAGCAACUUGCCCUGGGCGGAUGGCACGCCCUGCGGCAACAGCGGCCACUGGUGCCAGAAGGGCAGGUGCGUCUCGAACAAGCACGGCUACGGGCGCAAGGUGAACGGCGGCUGGGGCCCGUGGACGCCCUACACGCCCUGCAGCCUCACCUGCGGCGGCGGGGUGCAGGAGUCGCGGCGGGAGUGCAACCACCCGGUGCCGGAGCACGACGGCAAGUACUGCACCGGCAGCCGGAAGAAGUACCGCUCCUGCAACACCCACCAGUGUCCGGAGGGCAGCAUGGACUCGCGCGAGCAGCAGUGCUACGACAUGAACGGACGCGACAUGAACAUUCCGGGCGUCAACCCGGCCACCAAGUGGGUGCCCAAAUACCAAAAGGACGCCUGCAAGCUCUUCUGCCGCAUCGACAAGAAGGUCACCUACUUCAUGCUCAAGAGCAAGGUCACCGACGGCACCUCCUGCGCGGUGGACAGCUUCGACAAGUGCGUCAAUGGCAUCUGCCGGCCGGCGGGAUGCGACAACGAGCUCAACUCGAUUGCCAAACUGGACAAGUGCGGCGUGUGCGAGGGCCGCAACGAUACAUGCCAUGAAAUUACCGGAAAUCUGCUCGUCUCCCAUCUCCGGGGCCUGAAUGACGGGAAUGAUCCGAACAAGACAACCUACUAUGUGACGACCAUACCAAAAGGUGCCUCCAACAUAAUGAUUACGCAGCCUGGCUAUCCCGAGCAAAACUUCAUUGUGCUGAGCGAUGACAGGCAGAAAAACCUGCUCAAUGGUGAGAUGGUGAAGACAUAUCCCUUGAAUUUUGUCUAUGCAGGCGUAACGAUGCAGUACAGCGGCUCCAGCAGUCCGGUGGAGCAGGUGAACACAACCUACUCCUGGAAGCUGUCGCGUGAUCUAAUAGUUCAGAUCAUCUCCCUAGACGUGAGUUCCGCUGUGCGACAAGAUGCCGUACUGAUGUCCUACUCCUACACCAUCGACAAGCCACCGAGCCUGGAGGCAGAGGUGGAGAUCUACCGCUGGGAAAUGCAGGCGCCCAGCAACUGCGAUUCGCUUUGCGAGGGCAGGAGCCAUCGGCAGCCGGCCUGCAUCAGCACCACCCAGGGUCUGAAGGUGGCUCCUCAGUUCUGCGACAAGUCCGCUAUGCCCAAGGUCGAGGAUCGAGCCUGCAAUACGGAGUGCCGCCUCAAUCUCACUGUCACGAGCAUUUCGGAGUGCUCCGCCGCCUGUGGAGAAUUGGGGACCCGCGAGAAGACCUUCAACUGCAUUCAGACAUUCCCGAAUAUGCAGCGUUCGAAUAUUGUGGACAUGUCCUAUUGCAAGCUGAAGUUUGACGUGGCUCACCAUGAGGAGUGUCGGGAGGGCUGCUGGAUGCUAUCGGAGUGGUCAUCGUGCUCCAAGUCUUGUGGCACUGGGUCCCGGCAACGUGAGGCCCACUGCUAUCUGCACAAUUCGCGAGUCAGCGACGAUCUUUGUAACCCCCGGACCAAGCCUCAAUUGAGUUCUCUCAUCGAUUUCUGCAACACCAAGCCCUGCCCCACGUACACCGAAUCUCCUAACGCCGUAGCACUUAGUAGCUGGGUGACUGGAGAGUGGGGCGAGUGCAAUGAGUGGUGCGAGAAGAGUCGCUCCGUGAGCUGUGCCAAUCCCUACGGAACCGGUUGCGAAAGCAGGAAGCCCAAGGACGUGCGCAAGUGCUGCCACAUCAAGUACACUAGCGAAUGGACCCAGUGUUCGGUGCAAUGUGGCGAGGGCCAGAAGUGGAAAAAGCAGCGCUGCACGCGAGUCUACAAGCCUGAAGUUCCGGGUACGCCCAAGCGUCGGGUGUACAUCGAUGAGUCCUACUGCGUGAGCCGCAACAUACGGCGGCCCAAGCUGCGCACCACCACGAAGACCUGCCGUAUAAACUGCAAGUGGAACGCCUCGGACUGGUCGCGGUGUCCUGCCGACUGCUCGGAGGACUACCAGACGCGCUACGUGCGCUGCGAGUCCUGGCAGGGCGACAGUGUGGAGGAGGGCCACUGCGAUGCCAAGAAGCGCCCUUCGAAACGCCGCAUCUGCAGCAACUGCAUGCGCCGCCAGUCAAAGGUCAUCUCUCAGUGCAACUGCGAUGGGGUAGAGAAGAGGCGGGACAUCUGCUACAACUCGCACAAGGGUCGCAUUGCGUGCCCAACGCGAUCCAAGGUGGAACGGCACCGGUGCACUCCGCCGCCGCAAUGUCGGAGGAGGAGCGCCAUCGGGAGCAGCAUCAGCAGCAGGCCCAGUAAUACCAACAGUAUCAGGAGCAGCAGCAGCAGCAUCAGCAGCUCCAACAGCAGGAGUUUGAAUGCCAUCAGCGGUCUAAGGAGUCAGGGCAGACCCAGGAGUUGUGCGGACCUGCAGAGGAUGCACGGCUUCAACCAGGACGGCAACUACCAGCUGGAGGUGCGGUCGCGGAUCGUGAGCGUCUACUGCCACCAGAUGAACAGGGCGGGACCACGCGAGUACCUGAACGUGGAUCCGCAGGAGAACUACUCCAUCUACUACGAGUACAGGACGAAGCAGACCAACAGUUGUCCGCCGGAGUCGCGGGACCACGAGUACUACAACGACCAGAACUCCGGCCGGUCGCACUUCAGCAAGCUGCGACUGAACAUCACCGAUCUGCGGAUCCUGGACAACGACUUCGAGUUCGCCGAGACGCGGGGUCAGCCGCAGAAGCUUGGCUCGGCGGGCGACUGCUACAACCGCAAUGGUCAGUGUCCGCAGGGCGACUUCUCCAUUAACCUUAAAAACACGGACUUCACCAUCCGCCCGGGCACCGUGUGGACGAAGCAUGGCCGAUAUUCGGUCAUGAAGCGUGUCAGUGAGUUUGAUAACACCUCGGCGAUGCGAAGAGGCUUCUGCGGUGGAUACUGUGGGGGCUGCUAUAUAGCGCCUGAUUCGGGUCUGUACCUGGACGUAUUAUGACGGGAGCCACUGACCUUCCCACGGUAAUCGGGUCUACGUCCCGGGAAGGACCAAGGGUUAGCCUCAGCAUCGUCAUGUUCGAGGGUUAACCCAGCCAAGUAUUACCAACCAGAAUACAGUCCCCGAGGCUCCGACAACUGAGCGCAGCACCAGAACCACUGACGAUGGUUAAAAGUAUUCUCGAAUAUUAGUUAGCAUAUGUAUACCUUAGGAAUCGUGUCGAAGUAGCCCGAACAAAACCGAAAUUUGUGUACAUAUAAUUUUAUUUCAUCCGAAAUUAGAGCCUAGUUAUAAUUGCCAUGUAAUGUAUUAAGCAUUGUAAAUACCAGAGGACUUAAGAGCCUUUAACGUAGCGAUUAAGUGUAAUUGACCAAAAUACAAUCCAUAAGUCGGACGGUAGCCGUUAGGUAAUUAAGGCCGCUCAGUAAAACCCGUAUAUAUGCUAACGAUAUACAGUGAUGGGAAGUUCCAAGGUGCUCGUUAACCUACACUAUGAACUUUUUUCUUGACAAAGGAAUGCAUUUUUAAUGAAUUGUGUAGUUUUCAAUACCAAAUCGGUUUGUUUUUUUACCGAUUUUGAAAUACACGAGUGCUAGGUUAACAUAUAUUUACACUUCCCGUUUACCCAUACCCUAUCCUAUAUUCCUUUUAAUCCAGCAAUUUGUAUUCUUUCAAGAAACAAAAGAAAGUGGUACAUUUUCCAUCACUGAAGAUUUCCGAAAACUAAGAGCUCGACUAAACUAGUGCAAUGCCGGUCUGUACAAUAAUUGUAUUAGCUAAGCUUCGCAAUUAAUUAGUUAAGAGAACGAUUCGGAGAUAUUGUAUGUGUAACUAAAACGAAUACUCAUAUUAUUUAGGACACCCCCGACCGCACAAGCCAAAACCAAACUAUUCAUCUAAUUAACACUGCUGAAGGAACAUUUUCGAUUUAUAACAGUCACUGCCAGACUCUUAAUGUUCUAUCCACCAUACACCUAAUCCCUAAUAGCCUAAGUCCCGGUACCAAGUAUCCUCGCUGUAUUUUCAUUUAACUAGCUAGGCUAAUGCAAAACCAAUGUUAACAAUUAAUUUAAUGUCAAUUAAAGGAAUUUAAAGCUGUUACCAACCAA